CUCACUUGGGGGAAAGAAAAAAACACAGGUUCAGCAGAAGCCCAAAAAAAGGAGGGGGGUGGGGGGUGGAGCAGUCAUGCUGGUGUGAUUCCAAUUGGUGGAUCAUCCCGUGACUGCAAAUACUGCGAGCAGUUGUAGUUUACAAGAUGAGGGGAGGGCGUGUGUGAAGAGUCUCUGUUUAUAGAUUCCAGACGGAGGAGCAAUCACUUUCACCAGCUGUACAGUUCACGGACACAUGCUGGCUCAUCCCACCUCUGCCAUGUGAUUUUCAUUACAGCAACUUGGGGAAGAGUUCAACUGUGGAAGCCUCAAGUGUACCAAGGGAAAAAAUACAUGAAGAAGCAAGGAAAAGGCAACACUGCUGUCAGCAUCCCCCUCUCUUCCCCACCAGGGAGCAGCAGUGUGCAGGUCUACCAUGACUACCAGAGUGUGGCUUUUAAGAUGUAUCCUGGGAAUGGUCAUGCUUUAGAAAAUGGCUCUCACACCAGGAGAGACCGAGAUGGUACCAGCAAGAUGUCUUCUGUUCCAGACAUUAUCUCUGACAGCCAGGACCAGAGGUACAGCAUGAGAGACGACAGUGUUGAAAGGAACUCCACAUUGAUGAUUGAUUCGAGCAGCCAGGCCUACUCAGGGCCAGAGGACAACUCCACAGACCCACAUGAGGCCCUGACAGAGACUUCAACUCUGACCUUUGUGGAUGUCCACACCAUGGAGGAAUCAGCAGAGGACCACAGUCUCCACGGUGUGGCGAUGGUUUACCUCAAGGAGUUUGUGCUGAUAGAUGAUGAUGAUGAUGGAGACAUGUCGCUAAGAGAGAAAACAGUGACAGACUUGUCUGUCAUGGAUGGAAAAGCUGCUGACCUGGUGUGUGGGAGGCUGUUGUCCACUUCCAGUGGCUCGGUGUCAGAGUGUAAGGAGGAAUCUCCGGCUCCUGAAGCACCUCCGCCUGGGGAAGUUGAGACUGCACGUGGAAAGAAACGCUGCUGUUUCUGCACUGUUUUAUGACAAAGCAGCAGUUUUUUGUGUCCAAGAUCAGGACUGUAAAGCUGUGU